CCCUCUUCUCCCCUCCUUCCCUCUUCAGGCGUUGAGGCCUGUGCUGUGUGGUGAUGGCCAGCCUGGGCAGCAACUCCAACAGCUCCAGGGGUGGGGGCCCACAUGCCCAGGCGUCCACCCCCCGCCACGCCCCGGGCCCCCGGCUCCAGGUGCAGCGCUCCCUCUCCCGGGACACCAUCACCAUCCACUUCUCAGCCCUGGGGAAAGAGGAGGAGGACGAGGAGGAGGCGCUGUAUGGGCCCCUGGUCGGCUCCCUGGGGGCGGCGGGGGGGUCUGAGUGCGAGGACAGGGCAGGAGGAGGGGGAGGAGGUGUUUCUGAGGAGGAGGAGGAGGAGGAGGAGGAAGAGCAGGGUGUGACCAGGGGCCUGGAGGCCAGUGAGGAGCUGCUGCUGGAGCACUCCGCCGGGGGGGCCCCGCCGCUGCCUGUGUCCACCACCAGACCUUCUGGAAGGCCUGCCGCCCCCACCCAUCCCCUCCAACAGUCCCCCUCCUCCGCCGCCAUGCCUAUCGCCGCCUCCUCCCAUUACAGCUCCUCCUCCGCCUCCUCCUCCUCCAACCCCCCGGCCAGCUCCUCCUGGCCCUCCGAUGGCUUGCCGCCGCCUCUCGCCUCGAAGGCGGCCACCGCCUCCUCGACCUCCUGCUCCCCUUCCAAAGGCCCCUCCCUCUCCUCCUCCUCCUCCUCCUCCUCUUCCAAGCCCUUCCUGAGCCUGGUGCGCUCCCUGUCCGGCGACGUGGAGCCGCGGGACGCCGCCGCCACACUGCCGGCCUCCGCCACGCCCCCCCACCACGCCCGCCACAGACACCUGAUGAAGUCCUUCGUCAAGUCCCUGUCCACGGACGCCCCCAAGCCCGAGGGUCCGGAGGGGCCCCUCCAUGCGCACCCCCCCCCGCCGCAGACCUCCCAGUCGCGCCGCAACAUGCAGCUCUUCAAGCAGUUCUCCCAGCCGCGGCUGUACACCGGCACGGCCGCCGCGACCCAGGCCGUCGCCGACUCCUCCAAGACGGCGCCCUCCUCGCCGCUCACGCCCACCGAGGGGCGGGGCUCCUUCUUCAAGGUGCAGGAGGUGGAGGCCCGGAUCGAGGACACCAAGCGCCGGCUGUCGGAGGUGAUGUCGGACCCCCUGCACCUCUUCAGCAAGAUCAUGGGCGACGAGUCGGCGGCGUACGGGGGCCUGGCCGGCGGCGGCGCCCAUCGCUCCAGGUCCCUGUCGUCGAGCGCGUCGGAGCUCAGCGGGGCGGCGGCGGCGGCGCUGAACGGACUCGGCGAGAGCAACAACAACAACUACAGCAUCAAGGAGGAGGACUGCCCGGAGGGCGAGGAGGACGAGACCCCCACCGGGGAGGGCCCCCACUCGGUCUUCUUCUCCUUCCCCUCGCUGUCCUCGGCCCUGGCGCCGGCGUCCCAGGGCGCCGCGCUGGCUCUGCUGCCGCUGCCCCGGUCGCCCUCCCUGACGCUGGGCCGCUGCUCCAUGUCGGCCCUGGUGGCCCGGCAGGAGGACGAGGACUUCUGCAUCCUGGGGGAGGGCGGGGACUUUGAGGCGUGCACCGACACGGACUCGCCGGACGGGGAGCGGCCGGGGUCCCGGCAGCUGCGCACCACCAGCACGGGGCUGUGCAGCGAGCCCGACACGGAGGAGGAGGAGGAGGAGGAGGGGGAGGAGGAAGAGGAGGAGGAAGAGGCGGAGGUCGAGGCUGUGCCUUUCACUGCCCUGGUCUUCCUGGCGCAGGUGGUGUACUGCUACCUGGUGUGUCCCGUGCCGCAGUACGCGUGCGCCGUAGUGCACGGGGCGGUCGCCGGGGUGAUGCUGGCCGGACUGCUGCUGUGGCUGUCCUCGUCCAGCAGGAAGUCAUCUGGAAUGAGGCGACGCAGGAAGAGGAUGGAUCACUGGAAUGCGGCCCAGCUCGACAUCCAGGAACCGGGUAUAUUCAAGGGUUGGAUGAACGAGAUCAGCAGCUACGACCCGGAGACGUACCACGCCACCUACACCCACUCAGUCUACGUCCGUCUGGAGGGCUCCGUCCUGCGUCUGUCCAAGCCCAACCACAACAUCGCCCGGCGGGCCACGCACAACGAGCCCAAGCCGGACGUCAGCUACAUCAGCCAGAAGAUCUACGACCUGGCUCACAGCAAGAUCCACCUGGUUCCCCAGAGCCUGGCCAGGAAGCGGGUGUGGAACAAAAAGUACCCCGUCUGCAUUGAGCUUGCCAAGCAGGAAGACUUCAUGUCCAAGGCCCAGGGAGAGCGGCCCGAGGCUGGGGACGAGAGGCACGAGGUUGGGGAGGACAGAGUGGACAAUGGGGAGGCAGAGGAGCCUAGGAGACCCCCUUCUGUGGUUCCGAGUGGGGGUGCAGCUGGGGGUGCGGGUACUGGCGGCGGAGGACUCACCCUCUUCCUGUUUGGAAGAACGGGCCGGGACAAGGAGGAGUGGUUCAGGAGGUUCCUGCUGGCGUCCGGCUUGCGGUGGGAGGGGAGAGGCGGUGGGUCGGGGUCUGGUGCCUGUAAAGGGGGCUUCCAGGGGUCUACGCACGGUAGCACUACGGCGCCUGGGGGAGCCAACGCCAACGGGGGAGGAGGUGGAGGAGGAGGAGGAGGCCCGGGGGAGGCGGAUAGCAGGAGCAGCAGUGCCCGCAGCAGCAUGGACGAGGUGCCCCAGGCUCUGCCCCGCAACAGAGAGCCCUCCUGGGGGUCCGGCCUGGCGGCGGGGGGGGCCAGGCCAAGGUCCCUGCUGGAUUACAACGUUUACAUGGCCAAGUACAUCAACCCCCAGGACGAGACGGAGAGCUCGGCAGCCGCAGCGCGACACAGUCCCGAGAGCAGCCCCCUGGCCGCCAAGAGGUUUCCACGGGGUCAAGGGGAGCGCAUGGAGCCUGAGGCGUGGGUGAACGCUCUGCUGGGGAGAGUGUUCUGGGACUUCCUGGGAGAGAAGUACUGGGCCAACAUGGUCUCGAAGAAGAUCCAGAUGAAGCUCAGCAAGAUCCGGUUACCGUACUUCAUGAACGAGCUGACCCUGAAAGAACUGGACAUGGGCUUCGCUAUUCCAAAGAUCCUGCAGGCCUCCAGGCCUUCUGUGGACCACCAAGGCCUGUGGUUUGACUUGGAGAUAUCCUACUCCGGCUCCUUCCUCAUGACUCUGGAGACCAAGAUGAACCUGGCCCGGCUAGGGAAGGAGAGUGAGGGUCUGGGGGAGCCGGGGAAAGAUGGACCUCGGACGUACUGUUUGGCGGACAGCGACGAGGAGUCCUCCAGCGCCGGCUCCUCUGACGAGGAGGACACCGCCGAACUCCUGGCUGAUAAGGCCGCCAUUUUGCCGGGAGGCGAGGGGUACAUGGGAGGCCACCGGCCCAGCAAGAUCAUGCGCUUCGUGGACAAGAUCGCCAAGUCCAAGUACUUCCAGAAGGCCACGGAGACGGAGUUCAUCAAGAAGAAGAUCGAGGAGAUGUCAAACACGCCCCUGCUGCUCACUGUGGAGGUGCAGGAGUGUCGCGGGACGCUGUCCGUCAACAUCCCCCCGCCCCCCACGGACAGGAUUUGGUAUGGCUUUCGAAAUCCCCCACACCUGGAGCUGAAAGCGCGGCCGAAACUGGGCGAGAGGGAGGUCACGUUUGCCAAUGUGACGGACUGGAUUGAGAAAAAACUGGACCAGGAGUUCCAGAAAAUAUUUGUGAUGCCAAACAUGGAUGACAUCUGGCUUCCCAUAAUGCACUCUGCCAUGGACCCACGCUCCAACGCCAACUCGGUUACAGAGACAAACGAUGCCUUAACUGACCCCGAGCCCACAGAGUCCGAAGUCUCAGAGUGAAGACUUAUAUUUUUUAAACGCAUUCGUCGAUGGAUAUUUAUUGAACAAGUGACAUGGACACGCAUCCUCUCCACCACGACCUUCAGGUGGACCAAACGUCCACGUUUUAUGACUUUUUCCACUUCCUCAGCGCAAUGACUUGUCUAGUUACCAUGACUAUGAGUUGGCAAGCUCAUUGUUAACCCCCCCCCCCCCCCCCCCGGUAAUUUAAUUGCAUCAACAUUUGUCAGUUGGAAUGAUACAAUUUAGAUUUGGCUCGUUAGAAUACAUUGAGUUGGGAGUGGGGAAGUUGAACGUUGAAUCUACCCAAAUGAGAACCAUGAUACCUGUGAUGUACAGUUGAAACCAAACAGCCCGAGUCUUGGCGUGAUUAUGGCCUAUUUACCGAUCAAAUCCAGUUUGAUUUCAGUUCUUCGAAACAAACCCAAAAUCUUUACUCUUGUUUUUUUUUGAUAGGCCUCUUUAUUGUCUCUCAAUACGGCUCCUACCAUUUUGAUGCAAGGGGGUCCCUAAUGUAGGCUAUGUGAAAAUGUCAUGAAUCUCAUCUGGAAAAUGGAAGUUAUACAAAUCUCAGCAGGUACUUUUUGGUCGAUAUCAUACAUUGUUUUAGUGAGUUCUCAAACCAACUAGUCUGUAUGUACAAAUUAAUCUAUAGCUAUUGAGAUACAUCUAUUCCAGUCAAACGAUGAAUGUAUAAUGAACUGUAGCCUGAUGUCGUGAUGUAUGGCAUAGGAUAAAAA